UUGAUACACCGGAGUUUACUGCCGGAUAGGGGACACGAGAUAACGGCAAUUCAUAAGCAUGGAGGCUUUAAAGCAAAAGCCGAAGGUCGGACGGUAGUGCCCCGCAGUGGGGUGUCGAAUACUUAUUGCGACAUCCAUCCUCGACUCAAAUGCCACUUCCGAUAGAUUAUUUCCGACCGCUCGCACAACCUUAAGACGCUCGACUUGCGGAAUCCCCUCUUCUGCUUUUCAAUUGUUGAAUUUCGACCUACCAACCCUACGAUGACUCGCGUUCUGCUCACUGGCGGCAGCGGUUUUAUCGCCGCCCAUACUCUUGAUGUGCUGUUGAAGAGGGGCCAUUCGGUGGUCACGACAGUCCGAACGCAGGAGAAAGCCGACAAAAUAAAGGAAGAAAACAAGAGCGCUGUCGACAAGGGCCAAUUGGACUUUGCCAUUGUACCGGACAUUGCUCAAGAAGGCGCAUUCGACAAAGCUGUCGUCUCAGAUCCACCAUUUGAAGCAGUGUUGCAUACAGCUAGCCCCUUCCACUUCAAUGUCACAGAUGUGCAGAAAGAUUUGCUCGACCCCGCGGUCAUCGGUACCACCGGCAUCUUGAAAUCGAUCAAGAAGAGCGCGCCAUCGGUCAAACGGGUCGUCAUCACCUCCUCCUUUGCCGCAAUCGUCGAACCCAGCAAAGGAAACUGGCCUGGUCAUGUGUAUUCGGAAGAGGAUUGGAACCCGAUAACGCUGGAGGAAGCGGAGGAGAACCCCAUGGCGGGCUACCGAGCAAGCAAGACAUUCGCUGAAAAGGCGGCCUGGGAGUUCCUGGACAAAGAAAAGCCGAACUUCACCAUCGCGACAAUUUGUCCGCCGCUGGUGUUCGGCCCUAUCAUCCACGCUCUUGACAGUCUCGAGAACCUCAACACAUCCAACCAACGCAUUCUCUGGGCUGCGCAAGGCAAGUGGAAGGACGAGAUUGCGCCCACCGGCGUGUAUCUCUGGGUCGACGUUCGGGACGUUGCGGAGGCCCAUGUGCUUGCUCUCGAGAAGCCUGACGCAGCCAACAAGCGCUUCUUCACUGUCGGCGGCUAUUUUACCAACCGAGAUAUCGCCGAGAUCAUCAAGAGGCACUUCCCUCAAUAUAAGGACCUCCCAAGUGCGUCAACACCAGGUGGCGACUAUCCCGAGGGCGGCAAAGAGAAGGGUGUGUAUGGGUACGACAACAAGCGGACUAUCGAGGUUCUAGGUCUGAAGUAUAGGUCUUUCGAGGACUGCAUCAUAGACUGCAUCGUGUCUUUCCAGUCCAAAGGCUUGUAAGGCGCGGGAAUGGAGCUGCUCGGAAGUAGCAUAAGGCAAUAGAGUGUAUAUUCUAGUAUAGACGUAAAAUGCCAGGAUGAGAUGAUGCGUAUUCCGAUCGCAGAUUGCAGCGCGCGCGAUGUCUCGAAGACGGUGCGCCGAGGAGAAUGGACGACAGGAAGGCUGUCACCUACGAAUGACAGUCAGCAAAAUUAUGUGGACAGACGUUGAAGCGAAGGCGUUGCAGUGACGGGCUCAUAUUGUUGAGCUUGAACUUUGAACUUCAUCGACAUCGUCUCAGAAGUUAUCGUUUAUGUAGGUAAAAUCAUAGCGGA